GUGCUGAAGCACAAAGAGUUUGCUCAUCUCCGGGAGGUGAAGAUGUUUCCUAAUGCCCUCAACCCACACAAGGAGGAGUCGCGGGCACUGGUCAAAGCCAUGAUUGACCAGGUCAUGGCGCUGCACGAAGACUUAAAAUGGUUUCACAUCGGAUGUGAUGAGGUGUACUACCUUGGCGAAGGAGAGGAGUCAAAGCAGUGGCUGCAGCAACAAGACAACACUCUAGAGAAGCUGUGCUUGUCCCACAUAAAAGCAGUAGCAAGUUGUGUGGCCUCAUCUUACCCCACUGUGACGCCCAUCGUGUGGGAUGAUAUGCUCAGAGGGAUAAGUGAGGAAACAUUGGCAGAGUCUGGGGUCCCACAGCUUGUGCAGCCAAUGAUCUGGGACUAUGCAGCAGACCUUGACGUGGAGGACAAAGUGCAUCUCAUAGAGAAGUAUCGUAGAUGUGGCUUCUCCAAGGUGUGGUUUGCUAGUGCUUUUAAAGGAGCUACAGGAGUGAAUCAGUCUCUAACGCUUAUUGGACACCAUUUAAAAAACCAUCUCCAAUGGCUGAAAGUGGCAAGCAAUAGCCCCGCUGAUGUCCUUGAAGGUAUCGCACUGACCGGCUGGCAAAGGUAUGAUCACUUCUCUGUUUUGUGUGAGCUUCUGCCUGUGGCAAUUCCAUCACUGGCUGUAUGUCUGCAGGCACUAACGAAUGGUGGCUAUUCUGAAAAGAUUAAAAAAAAUGUGGAAAAGCUCCUGGGAAUGUCCAACCUGGAAACUGAAACUUUCAUGAGUCUGGGGACCUUUCCUGGGAGCAAUAUCCUUACACUUGUGACGCAAGUUAGCUUCUACCUCAAGUCAUCAGUGGAUGAACUUCUUGAAAGGAACAGAUAUGUUACAGGCUGGUUCAGCCCCUACCACAGAAAAAGGAAGAUUAUUCAUCCUAUAAUAAUGCAUCACUUUCAACCAGAUGCAGUAAGUCUUCUCUCCAAGUGGAAUGCUGUGGUGCAAGACCUCCAAGCAGCCAUGGAGCAAGUUUUCCACAAGUGUACUGUAGAGGAGUGGAUGGAGGAGAACGUCCAUCCCAGCCUACAGAAGCUGCAGCAAGUGGUGGAUGACUUAGAUAAAGCAAUAAAAGCACAAAAUUAG